UUUUUGGUAAACUCUUAUUUUCCUUUCACGUGUAUUCCAUAUACUCGCAUGCUCCUACCUGCCAUCGCAAGACCUCUGUUCCUCUGCGCGCUCUGUAUUUUUUUAUAUUCUCUUUCCUCUCUAACACUCGCUCCUGUUCUACGAUGCUGGCGUCCGCAAUCCUCCCGCAACUCCGUUUUGAUAUUUUAGCGCUGGAGACCAUGGAAAAAACUCCGAGAUUCCUCCCUCCUGGAUAGUCCAAGAAUUGGACUUUCUUGGCAAGCGCUUCUGAAGGGGAAGGAGACAAAAGAAGGCAGUUCCAUUGACGUCUCCACAUCCUACCUCCCUCUUGCGGGCCCCAUCCCAACCCCUGCCCGGUCAACCCAUCUGACGCCGCCGGCGUGCCGCCCGGGACCCACCAAAACCCAAAACCUUCAACCCUCACCACUAAUUUAAUCCCCACUGGUACAUUAAUUAAUUCCCCUACGGAUCGGGGCGAGGCGUGUCUCCGAGAGCAUGUAUCCUCGUAUUUCGCUCAUGUAUUCUCGUCCCUCUAAUCGACUGAGAUGGGGAGGACGGGCUGAAACGGAGUUCCGCAGGGGGCAGAGCAGGGCAGAGCCGAGCGGCGACUGAACUCAAUUGACCUGCAGGCUUACCCCAGUUACCGGAAGCGGGAUGGAAGUGGAACAGCAUGGCUGCAUGAUGGGAACGGCUUUAUUUGGGAGUUCCGGGAAACGGAUUCUUCCCAAAAACUGGCGCCUUUUUUUUCGAUUUAAUGCGCGAAUUCCGUUUUUCCUUUUCGUCGAACUCCGGGGAGUUUUUUUUUUUUUUACAUGGGGGUGCGACAAAGUCUCGUGCCCUUUGACUCCGUGACGGUGACGUCGCCGCAGAUAGCCGAUCUCGGCCGUAGGAUGGAAUCGGGUACGGUGACACGUGCCUUGGAGAUGCCGGUGUGAUUGGUUGGGCCCCGGACUCCCGCUCCUCCUCGGUCCGAUCGACCAACGUGAAAUGACCAUAAUGUCCUUUCCCUUAACUGCGGUGGGCCUAAAUUCGUUGAAGGGGAGCCGAACAACGUUGACUCGUUUCGCCCGGCUCGUGCCACGUCAUCGCUCGCCGCGCCAUGUCGGUGCUGUUCCGAAGGCGUGAACUGGAGCGCGGAAAAAACCCGGCAGCGGAGAGCGAAGCUCCCACUCGUUUCCUUCUGCCAUUUUUUCCGAAGUAAUUAAAAAAUUAGUAUAAAAUUGGAAUAGAUAAUAAAUAAUAGGUAAGAAAAGGCCAAUAAAGACCUCGGCGGCUGGAGGGGGGCUUCUUCUCCGAAGGAAGAGAGAGAGAGAGAGAGAGAGAGAGAGAGGGAUUUCAAAUGUGAUGGGAAGCGGCGCCUCCCGUCUCCUCCGCGUGCCGUGCCUGCGGCCCGCCACCACCGGCGCCGGCGAGGAGCGCCCGCCGGAUUUCGACGGGGGGGCUCUGGACGAGGCCCUCGGCCACUCCUUCUGCUACGUCCGCUCCGCCAGCCCCGCCCACUCCCGCUCCUCUUCCGUCUCUUCUUCUGCCGCCGCCGAGACCGCCUUCAAGUCCAUCUCCGGUGCCUCCGUCUCCGCCAACUCCUCCGCCCCGCUCCCCGUCUACGACGCCCCCACCGCCGCCGUCCGGUCACAGGCUGCUGGCUUCCGGAGCUCCGCCUCCUUCUCCGCUAUCCCCCUCCAGCUCUCCUGCGGCGGCGGCGGCGGCGGGGGGCUGGCGUCGGGGCCGCUCGAUCGGGGGUUUUUCCUCUCCGGGCCGAUCGAGCGGCGGGCGCUCUCCGGCCCGCUCGACGCUGUCCCCUUCUCCGGCCCGCUUGUGAAGAAGAAGAGCCGGGGCAUAUCGAGGAGGCUCCGGAAGCCGUCCCUCUUCCGACGGAGCUUCUCGGAGAAGAACCGCCCCUGGGUGGUCCCUCUCCGGCGAUGCGACCCCGAGGACGCCCCCCCUCCCGCCGGCGGGAAUGUCCAGUGGGCCCACGGGAAGGCCGGGGAGGACCGGGUCCACGUCGUCGUGUCGGAGGAACACCGGUGGGUCUUCGUCGGGAUCUACGACGGGUUCAAUGGUCCGGAAGCCCCUGAAUUCCUUGUGGGCAACCUCUACCGCUCGGUUUUCGACGAGCUCCGGGGCCUAUUCUGGGAGGAAGUGGAAGAGGAGGCAGUCUCGGAAGAGGGGACGGACAAGAAGGUCACCUUUCAGGAGGAUUCAAAAGCCGGGAGGCGCCUUUGGGAAUUCCUGGCAGAAGGGGAUGGUGAUGGAGAAUUGGACUUCUCCGGUUCGGGACGGUUCGCAUUCUCUCUGUCCAAGCUGAGGGAUGGAUUUGGGAGCUGGCGGAAGGAGGGCAGGAGGUUCCGGUUUCCGAGGUGGGGGUAUGAAUCGGAGGAGAAGGCGAAAGAGACCCAAGAAGUUACCGAGAGGAGUAGCCGCAGGCGGAGGAAGGCGGGGCCUGUUGCUGAUCAUGAAUUGGUGCUGGGGGCUCUUUCACGGGCAUUGGAAGUUACCGAGCUCGCGUACUUUGAGAUGACAGAUAGGGCCAUGGACUGCAACCCUGAGCUGGCACUGAUGGGCUCCUGCUUGCUGGCGGUGCUCAUGAGAGAUGAUGAUGUGUAUGUAAUGAAUGUGGGAGAUAGCCGUGCAAUUGUGGCGCAGUAUAGACCUCGAGGAACAACCGAGAGAAGGAGGAAUCAGGGCAAUGCCGAUGAACAGGACACAGGAGUUGGAGGGAAUGAGGUGGGUCUGGAGAUUGAGACACUGGAUCGAGAAGCAACAGAAUUAGUGGCAUUGCAGCUUUCGACUGACCACGCCACCAGCAAUGAGGAAGAAGUCCUCAGGAUAAAGAAAGAACAUCCAGAUGACCAUCAAUGCAUUGUCAAUGAUAGAGUAAAGGGACGUCUUAAGGUCACGCGAGCAUUUGGGGCUGGAUAUCUCAAAAAGCCUAAGUGGAAUGAUGGAUUACUAGAGAUGUUUCGGAAUGAGUUCAUUGGAAUAGCGCCAUACAUAACUUGUACACCUUCACUUUGUCACCAUAAACUGGGAUCAGAUGAUCAAUUUUUAGUCCUUUCUUCUGAUGGCCUGUAUCAGUAUCUAAGCAAUGAGGAAGUGGUUUUACAUGUUGAAAAUUUCAUGGAGAGGUUCCCAGAUGGAGACCCUGCACAAAGUUUAAUUGAGGAACUUCUUUUUCGUGCUGCCAAGAAAGCUGGUAUGGACUUUUAUGAACUCUUGGACAUACCACAAGGAGACCGCCGAAAGUACCAUGAUGAUGUAACAGUUAUGGUCGUAUCUCUUGAAGGAAGAAUAUGGAAAUCAUCAGGAAAAUGUGUGACAAGCUAAGAACCAGAUGGACUUUGUUGUCUAUGCUAUGCAACUUGCCAUCAGCAUAUUGCCAAUUCAUAUCUCGAAAUUGUAAAAAGGCCAAGGGUUCCUUCUGAUCAUUAAGUUGUGAUCUGUGACAGAGCCAUUUUCCUAUGGUUCUGGAAAUCACCAUGAAAGCUUCAACGGACAAAUCGAAUACAGGUAAAGUGGAAUGGCUUUUGGAUUCAUGCUGGUUGAUUUUGCCAAUCAAUCUGAAAGGGGAAUUGGUCUGGGGUGGUAGAAGAUGAACAUACCUAGGGAGAGUGCACAAGUUUAUUCUCGUUUUUUGGGAAUGCCGAGCGGCGACUUUCCUUGUGCUGCGAUGCUUUUCCCCCUUUUAUUUCAGGUUUUUAUAGGGGUAAAUGGUUUUUCAGUGGGAAAUAUUUUUACAGAUGUACAACAUUACCUUUUGUUACAUGUGACGCCCUCUAUAUCUGUUGGACAUGUUCCAUCAAAAGCUAAUCUACAAAGACAAAAUUCUUUUGGCAGCAA